AAAAUGAACUUUCCGAUUCCGAGGAUGAAGGGGGAAGACGACACGAAAGGAGCUAUUAUCCUAAUGGAAAGGCAGGGGAGUCUUCAGCACGCAAGGUUCGUGCAAACAACAAAAAUUCACAUAAUGAAAGUGAAAGUCGCGGGUCAUCUUCGCGUUCUAGUAAGACAAAUAGCGGAAUUAGGGAUCAAGGACGCAACAAAUCUUCAAGGUCCAAUCAGAUAUUUGACGACGUGCUCAACACUACAGUGAGCACUAGUGUUCCGUCAGCAGAUAGACCCUCAAUAAUGACUCCUUCACCAAGUUCUUCACGACCCCCUGCCCCGCCAUCCGAUGUUACACAAGAGGAUGCAAUUGCAUCAGCACCCGGUACUCCACCAAUAUCAAAUGCUAAUAACCCUAAUGAAACUGCCACUGCGGCAAAUGAAACGACGACUACUAUGGAUAUAGACACUGUUGAACCUGAACCUGAGCCAAUAGUAAAAGAUGAGGAAAUUGAUGAUGUUGCAAUGCAAUCGUGA